AUGGCCGACUACGUUGUGAGCCAUGCUGAAGAGGGUUCAGUCUGUGCCCAUAAUGGUGAAGUUAAAUCCGAGGUGUGGUUCAAGCACGGUCCCCUGUCUGCUUCUGAGCUCUGCCAUAUCGAAAGCGUCCAGCUCAUUGCCGAAUCGCAUGAUCAAGGCUUUGUGGAUGACCGUGCCGCCGGCAACUGGACAUGGUUCGAGUUGUGCAUCCUCGACAACGCGCAAGCCACGGUUCCCGUGACUCGGGGUGAGAUCCUCCUCACCUGGGAAAGCCACCAAACGAGUAUGGGCUGCGGUGAAUACCAGAAAUAUCAAGGUCAUGUUUUUGGACCCCAACAUGACCUGUUGCGAUAUCUCAAGGAAGGCGAUUUCAUUGCCGUGCGGCUUUGUGCCCGUUUUGAAGCGUGGAAGCUUUUAGCUAGAAAUGGGGAGUUGAGAAUCGGACAAUCACAGGAUAAGAUUUUCCGAGCGGAAGUCGACCACCGACCGGCCUUGAACGCCAUUAUCUCGGCUCAUAAAUUUAUGAGCAGUAUACAGAGCUCUGUGCAGCCCGACAAGGCUGCGCAGCCGUUCCCCUCCCUACCAACAACCCUGAAGACAGCCAUGACUUUCGCGCCCACUGAGGACCGUCCCCUCCGAGUCCUGUCUCUAGACGGGGGUGGCGUUCGGGGUCUCGCUUCCCUGAAGUUGCUGGAGCAGGUUAUGAACCACAAUCACGCGGGAGAGAAACCGUGCGACGUCUUUGACAUGAUCGGAGGAACCAGCACAGGCGGGCUGAUUGCCAUCAUGCUGGGACGCCUGGAAAUGACGGUAGAGGAGUGCAUCAAAAAGUAUGAGGAUCUUAUGGAAGAAGUGUUCAAAGGUUCCACGAGGUGGAAUUACGCUUGGAAUGGCCAGUUCCACGAUGCCAAGCGACUGGAGGAGGUUAUCGAGGGGGUUAUCGACGAGAAACUGGGAUCAGGAAUCGGCAAAACCAGCCGUCUCUUGAACGACAACCAAAAGUGCAAGACAUUCGUCACGGCAACGCUAAAUGAAGGCGGCAACAACCGUGGCCCUGUCAUUCUCCGCUCAUACAUCAACACGGGCGCGUCGUUGGAACACCGCGACAUUACGAUACUGCAGGCAGCUCGGGCGACGACGGCCGCGCCGGGAUUUUUCAAACCUCAGACCGCCGGCAAUGACACUCUUGUCGACGGCGGACUUGUUGCCAACAAUCCCGUCGGAUGGGUAUGGACCGAGAUCCUCGGUGUCUUCGGUGCGACCCGUCCAACCGACUGCUUCCUCAGCAUCGGCACGGGGAUCGACGCCAACAGCACACUGGUCCAGCCGGGCAAGUACCGCGUGCCGCUGCCAUCCACCCUCCAGUCGUUUGUCAGCGUGGCGACCAACACCGAAAUCAUGCACAUUCUUUUCCAAGGUCUCAUCGACGCGUUCGCACCCUGGGCCGGGAAGCGCAAGUACUGGCGGCUCAACGUAUACAAGGUCAUCCAGGAGUGGUAUGAGAAAGUUGAGCCCAGAUGGUUCGAGCGUAAUGUUUUGGGGCGCAAGGACCAGGUUGUCCAUCACAGCCAGGACUACGAGGCCAUUCCAAAAUUUAAUGACCCCAAGGAGGCUAAGGAGAAGCUCAUGGAGAUGUUGGAAGAGUACGUGCAAGACGUUGAGGUCAAGGAGUCAAUCAAAAAAUGCGCCGAAGCACUGGGUACCAAAAAGAGGGCGACUGCGCCGGAUACCGGCAGCUGCGCGAUUGCGCCGGGCACCAAAAAUGGCGUGAUUGCGGUGAGGACGGAGGAGGUGGUAGUGUAG